GUGGCAAAUUUAGGCAUUGAAGAAACAAUUUGAUGGACAUCUUAAUCUUACUGACUGUCUUUCAGAUGGUAUCAUUAGUUGGAUCAUACGAGUUCAUCUGUCCAUCGCAGGCACACUGGAAUCUUAGGGCUAAAUCCAUGUGUAAGCCGACAACAAACUAUACUUGUUUAUUCGACAUAAACCUUCAAAUAAAUGUAUACAGAGAUAGAUGUUAUAGACCUAGCAUUGUAGGACCUGGUUAUAAAUACGUCUUUCAACCUAACUUAAACAGAGUAGCAUGUAGUAGUAAUCGAUAUCAGCCUUUCAUUUUUGAGACAGUUGGAUACAGUGAUUGCACCUUUCAAAAAUCACGUUGUAACAGCCUAGGUCAGGAGACGUAUGAAAUCGGCGACACUACGGUCGACAGAAAUUGUAUUUGUAAUACUAAUGGAGGAUAUUCUUUUAUCACGAGCUCAGCCCACCAAUGUUACUGCAAUCCUUCAACUGAAGAUUGUUCCUGUUAUCUCGGAAAUAAUUCAUACAACGAAACGGUUGGACUGGAAGAUAUUAAAUGCUAUCAUGAAAUGAAAAUGACAAGACGCCAUGACUUGGACGAUAUGUUUAAUAUAUCACGGACAAUAAAAAUCAAUGAGUUUGAUAGCAACAAAUACAACAUAAACCAUCUUCCGACCAGUAAGUUUAUACCUGCUACAGAAAGGAUUAAUUAA